GCAUCCAUCCAUACAAUACAAAUCUCGUAUGCGUAUAGUAUCGAUGUGACAGAUGAAAGUAACAGAAAGGCAUCAUUUCUUCUAUCCAUCAUUGAGCAAUUGCAGCAGCAGCGACCACCAUCACACUCAAGAACCAAAUGGGCCAAAACGAAGUCGCUGUUGAAUCACCAUUGCUAACCAGCAACAAAGAUGAUGAUGAUGAUGAUGAUGAUGAGAAGAAUCUUCGUGGUGCAGCAGCAUCGUUCACUGGCUCUGUCUUCAAUCUAUCAACCACCAUCAUCGGUGCUGGAAUCAUGGCCUUACCCGCAGCCAUCAAAGUUCUCGGCGUCGCUGCGGGCAUUGCUGCAAUCAUCUUCCUCGCUUUCCUCACUGAGACUUCUCUCGACAUUCUCAUGAGGUUUAGCAGAGUUGGCAAUGCUAGGUCUUAUGGCGAUGUCAUGGGUUACGCUUUUGGUUGGGUUGGAAGAUUGGUUCUUCAGAUUUCUGUUCUUAUCAACAACUUGAUUCUCGUUGUCUACGUGAUCAUAAUUGGUGAUGUGCUGUCUGGAACAUCUUCAACUGGAAUUCAUCAUUUCGGUGUUUUGGAAGGAUGGUUUGGUGAACAUUGGUGGACUGGACGCGCUUUCGUUCUUCUUGUCGCGACCAUUUUGGUAUUUACUCCUUUGGGGUUUUUUAAGAGGAUAGAUUCAUUGAGAUAUACUUCUGCUUUAGCGGUGGCUCUGGCAGUUAUGUUUCUUGUCAUAAUUGCAGGAAUCACAAUUGUGAAGUUGUUUAAUGGCAGUAUAGAGCGUCCCAGGUUACUUCCCAAUAUCACUGAUGCUACAUCUAUAUGGAAUCUCUUUACUGCAGUUCCAGUUCUUGUGACAGCGUUUGUUUGUCAUUACAAUGUGCAUACCAUAGACAAUGAGCUAGGAGAAUCUUCCCCUAUACAACCAGUUGUACGUGCAUCACUGGUUCUGUGUUCUCUUAUCUAUAUUCUCACAGCCUUAUUUGGAUUUCUCCUAUUUGGUGAGUCUACCCUUGAUGACGUGCUUGCCAACUUUGAUACUGAUCUGGGCAUCCCUUAUAGCAGUCUGCUCAAUGACAUUGUUCGUAUCAGCUACGCCCUCCACCUCAUGCUUGUUUUCCCAGUUAUCUUCUUUUCGCUGCGCUUCAAUUUGGAUGAUCUUAUCUUUCCUUCAGCUAGGUCAUUGGAUUUAGAUAGGUGUAGGUUUGUCUUCAUCACCACUGGACUCAUUGCUUUGCUCUAUGUGGCUGCCAAUUUUGUACCUAGCAUCUGGACUGUUUUUCAAUUCACUGGAGCAACUGCCACUGUUUGCCUUGGGUUUAUUUUCCCUGGUGCAAUUGCUCUAAGGGACCCCCAAGGUGUUGCAACGAAGAAGGACAAAAUUUUAUCCAUUGUCAUGAUUUUUCUGGCUGUCUUCUCAAACGUUGUGGCUAUAUACAGCAAUGCCGAUGCCUUGUUCAGAAAACAUGUUGAUCCUCACCAUUCAUUAUCAGAAAAAUUGUCUCUACUGAUCUACUCUCAAGACAUUUAAUUAAAACAAACAAUUUGCUGGCCACUGAUCAAAUUGAACAAGUGAAUUGAACAUGUUUUUGGAGAUGGGUUAAAAAACACGUGGCAUUUUUCCGGUCCUACUGCGAAGGUUUUGGAAGGGAAAUUGCAGAGUACAAAUUGAAGACUAUUUGAAGUGUAGAUGUUUAUACUGUAUCCUAUAUUGUAUAGGUAAUACUUGUAUUUCUCAAAACACUUAUCAAGUGAUAGGGACAUUCGCAUUUAAACUAGAUUGGUUUUGAAGAGAAAGUAAUCCAAUCUAAUUUCAUAA